AUGAAACACAUGAUUAAAUUGUCACUAAAUUUCACAAAUUAUCUUAAUACAACUGAUAAACUAACUUUUUUAUGUGAAAUAGAACAGUAAUAAAGAAAAUACAGCAUGGAGGUCAUUAUUAGUGCUUUUAUAUUAAUAAAUUUAUAUUGGACAUCAAAUGCAAUUUCAAGCGAUUACUAUUUUUCAAACAAAGAAAAAACAAAAGAAUCAAGGUGUCACCAGGCCAAUGAGCGUUACCUAGUCAUUCCUCCACCACCAUUUGCAAGCCAGGAUGAUGAAGGGUGUACUUACUAUGAAUGUGACAACACACGUUACAUAAAGCGGACAUGCCAAAAAGGACAGGCUGUGAGUCGGAAAUACAAAAAAAGAUCAGGGUAUCCAGGACGACUUCACCCCUGUAUUACAAGUUCAUUAACACCAUGUGGGUUAAGAGACGAAAUCAAACGUCCUGAAGUAAACUUAUGUGGAAUGGAUUUAGUCAUUGUGAUGGAUAUGAGUUGCUCUAUUGCAGAAAAAGACAAACUUUUAAUGAUCAAAUUUGUGCAAAAUCUUAUUAGCAAGUUUCGCAUAAGCGCUCUCAAUGUUAAAGUAGCUGGAGUCACAUACGCAGGAGGAGUCCACAACAUACAGACUUUCCAAGAAGGUAGAAAUCGUGCGAUCACUCAGAACAACUUUGAUCGCAUGGUAACGAAAGACAAUAAUUGUCACACAGUGACAAAUGAAGCCUUAGAGCUGAUUAGAGAUGUUUAUCUCAAAAAGGAACAAGGAAGCCGGAAGAAUUACCCAAAAGUUAUGAUGAUAUUUAGUGAUGGGAAGACAUUCAAGGGAAAGAAAAUUGAUUCUGAGGUUUUAUCCAAUAAAACCAUUGAAGUAGGGAAAAGUAUAAGAGAUAUGGGAGUGUUAUCACUUGUAGUAGGGAUACCAGGCAGGAAUAAGAAAUUGAGUGGCUAUCACGAAUGGCUUGGGAUAGCUGGAACAGAAAAAAAUAUUUUUGUUGCAGAGUCUGCUGAACGGUUGAACAUGUUACAAGAGAAAGUGCUACACUUAGCUGAGACCACCUGCAGCAGCAACCCGAAGCAAUAGAAGAUAGAAGAUGUGGCUCUGCAGCUAACAAAUCUGCAGAAUGCUGUUUCAAAAUAAUUUGUCAAUCACAGAAACUUAAAAAAAUAUAAGUCAAGAGAUU